UUCUGACUUCAUUUGAUGACAUUGAUAUCAGGUGACCAGGAUGGCCAGGCCAAUCUGACAGAGGGUGAUGUUUAUAAAAGGCCCUUCACCCAGAAACAGAAGCUCCGUGCCAGACUCCAUAACCCUGCUGAUCUCAAGCACCUGCCUCUACAGUUGAUACAGAUGGCAAUAUCCCCAACGGCCACAGAGCUUCUCCUGGCCUCCUUUGUCUUCUGCCUGGUGUUCUGGGUGGUCAGGGCCUGGCAGCCUCAGGUUCCCAAAGGCCUGAAGAGUCCACCAGGGCCCUGGGGCUGGCCUCUGCUCGGGCACGUGCUGACCUUGAGGAAGAACCCACAUCUGGUGCUGGCAAGGCUGAGCCAGCGUUACGGGGACGUGCUGCAAAUCCGCAUCGGCUCCACACCCGUGCUGGUGCUCAGUGGCCUGGACACCAUCCGGCAGGCCCUGGUGCAGCAGGGUGAUGACUUCAAGGGCCGGCCCAACCUCUACAGCUUCAGUCUGGUCACUGAUGGCCACAGCAUGACCUUCAGCCCAGACUCUGGACCAGUGUGGGCCGCCCGCAGGCGCCUGGCCCAGAGCGCUCUCAACACCUUCUCCAUUGCCUCAGACCCGGCUUCCGCAUCCUCCUGCUACCUGGAAGACCACGUGAGCAAGGAGGCCGAGGCCCUCCUCAGCAGGUUGCAGGAACAGAUGGCAGAGGUUGGGAGCUUCGAUCCCCAUAGCCAAGUGGUGCUGUCAGUGGCCAAUGUCAUUGGUGCCAUGUGCUUUGGGCAGCACUUUCCUCAGGACAGUGAGGAAAAGCUCAGCCUCAUACACAGCAGCAAUAUAUUCGUGGAGAAUGCGUCCUCCGGGAACCCUGUGGACUUCUUCCCCAUCCUUCAAUAUAUCCCCACCCCAGGCCUGCAGAGAUUCAAGGCCUUCAACCAGAAGUUGGUACAGUUCCUGCAGAAAAUUAUCCAGGAGCACUACCAGGACUUUGACGAGCUUGUGUCCUCACAGAACAACAUCCAGGACAUCGCAGGCGCCCUGUUGAAGCACUGUAAGAAGGGCUCCAGAGCUAAUGGUGGCCACAUCCCUCACGAGAAGAUCGUCAGCCUUAUCAACGACAUUUUUGGGGCCGGAUUUGACACUGUGACAACAGCCAUCUCCUGGAGCCUUAUGUACCUUGUGACAAAUCCUGAGAAACAGAGAAAGAUCCAGGAGGAGCUGGACACAGUGGUUGGCAGGGCACGGCGGCCCCGGUUGUCUGACAGACUCCAGCUGCCCUACCUGGAGGCCUCCAUCUUGGAGAUCUUCCGACACUCCUCCUUCAUCCCCUUCACUGUCCCCCACAGCACAACAAGGGACACGACACUGAAUGGCUUCUACAUCCCAGAGAAACACCUUGUCUUCAUAAACCAGUGGCAGAUCAAUCAUGACCAAAAGGUGUGGGGAGAUCCAUUUGAGUUCCGGCCAGAGCGAUUCCUCACUGCUGAUGGCACUGCCAUCAACAAGAUCUUAAGUGAGAAGGUGAUGAUCUUUGGCCUGGGCAAGCGCCGGUGUAUAGGGGAGGUCCUGGCCAAGUGGGAGGUCUUCCUCUUCCUAGCCAUCUUGCUGCAGCAGCUGGAGUUCAGCGUGCCAGCGGGUGUGAAAGUAGACCUAACUCCCAUCUAUGGACUGACCAUGAAGCACGUCCGCUGUGAGCACGUCCAGGCCCGGCCACGUUUCUCCAUCAAGUGAAGACACCAGCAUGCCAAGGCAGAGGGAGGGGUGAGGAUCACCCAUGGGUCCCCAGCCCUUGUUUUUUGCCUUUUUCUUAAAUGAAAGCUUUAUUGAGGUAUAAUAUACAUACCAUACAAUUCA